UCGCUCCCCACAUCUACCACCUACGGCCCGCCGAAUUCCAUCUCUCGCAACCCAUUCUCGUGUCUCCUCCUCCUCGCCCUUCGCCCGACUGUAUAUAUUCCUUCAGCUUGAGGCCGGAAAGCCCUUUGCGUCGGCUUCAUGUCGACUGCCUACGGCCCCGCCCCCAUCCACGUCCCACCUCAAGAGGCAUCUUGUGUCCCGUCCGCGAGCCGCUCAUCACGCUCGACUGCGCUUCCGCGGCCUCCGUCCCCGCCGCCUGCCGCCCCGUCGCAAUGUCCAACGACCCUUCGGUGCGGCGCAUCCUGCCCCAGGACGCGCAGGAUGCGCACGCUGGCCAGAUGAACACCUUUUCCUUUGCGCCGCAGCAGUACCCGCAGCGAGAGACGCAGAAGAAUUAUGUCUUUGUCGAUGAGCACAACCGCCACAAGCGCCUCAAGGUCAUGAGGGCCUGCGAGGGUUGCCGGAGAAGAAAGAUCAAAUGCGACGCCGCGACAACGAAUACAUGGCCGUGCUCGGCCUGCAUCAGAUUGAAGCUUCAUUGCGUCCGUCCGAACGGAUAUGACGGCUCCGACACGACAACGUACGACACCUUCGUCGACUCCUCGGGACAGUUUCAACAGAUGUCAAUGCAGCCGCAGCUUGCCCCAGUGGCCCCCAAAGGCGCCCAAAACGUGUAUGCGCCCGGCAGCUAUUCCGAGGGCGAUCCGGCCGGCUUCCACUCCCUCGCCUUCGACGCCGCGCAGUCGCAGCACAACCUGCACUACACCACCAUGCCGGCAGCUUCCGUGUCGGUCCUGGACCAACAGUACGCAUCACAGAACGCGUUCCCGACUCCCCCCCUGCAGCAGGGCCCACGACCCGAUUCGUCUCCCGAGGCCUACUCCACAGACUCGUACCAGAACCAAGAUUUGGCCGACCUCUUGGGUGGCUUGAAAGUGAACGAGGUUGGGACAGCGCCCUACCUGCGCAAUAAGGCAUCGUUCCGUCGCGGAGAGCAGCCGGCCGUCGAAGAUGACGACGACUUUGGGAGCGUGCUCCCUCGCAUCGCCUCCGGGCCCGGUCACAAAAUACGGAUACCCCCCGAACUGAUGCCCGACGAGGGCUCCGCGCUUCACUAUUUUGACCUUUACUUCAACAACGUCCACCCGUACGUUCCUGUCCUGGACAAGGCUCAAUUCUAUCGUCAAUGGAGCGCGGCCAGAGAAACCAUUUCGCCCUUGAUUAUGGAAGCGAUGUUUGCCAUCGGCGGUCGCCUAGCGGAAGAUCCCGCCCAAGGCCAGCAGUGGCUGGCUCUCGCAUCGAGACACGCCGAUUCGUUUAUGGAUAUUCCUCGGCUCAGCACGCUGCAGGCUCUCUUGAUGAUCCUCAAGGCUCGAGAAGCCGCGCCGAAACGCGGCUACUACUAUCGCUCGUGGAUGACGGUGGUGCAGUGUGUACAGAUGGGCAAGGACCUAGGACUCGACGAGCACCACGACGAACACCAAGCUGGCCGCGGAUGCGACUUCGGCCCUAGCGAAUGUCAGCUACGCACGCGCAUCUGGCAGACGGUGUUUGUUUGCGAGGUCAUGGUCGGCACGCCUCAAGGCCGUCACGACUUAUCUGUCGACCUGGAGUCCGUGGACUUUAGCAUACCACGCCCGACUGCGGGGGGCGACGACGGCGAGUAUUUGGUGUCGCGCGACUUUACGUACUUUUCGCGGCUCGUGCGCAACAUCGGCAAGAUGAGCAAUGUGUACGCGAGGAUCAGGAGAAAGAAGGACUGGGGCAUGGAUCCAGAGUUCCAGCAGCUCAGCCAGACCAUCUCGUCUUUUCUGGCGGAGCUGCCGGCGGACAUGGCCGUUACCUUUCCCGCGGACGGGUCGCCCCCCGUGCUGCAGUCGUCCUUCAUCGGCAACCUGCAUGCCUACUACUACCUAACGCUGAUCUUGUACCACCGACCCGUGCUGUCGUUUCUCGACCCGACCACAAACGAAUCGCAGUGGAAGCAUCACAUGCUCAUCUGCUACAACGCCGCCAGGGCCCUGUGUCGCCUGCAGGAAGCCACGUUGCAGACGUAUGGGCUCACGGGAUUGCAGAACAUGCAGCGGGGCUUUAGCUUCUGCGUCUACGCGGGGCUGUCAUGCAUCGUGCUCCAUCUGGUGGCCAUCGUAUCGCCAGACCCUGAGCUAAACUCGGACGCGCGAGAGUACUUUACGCGCCACAUGAGAAUCAUGGAAAAGGUCAUGGAGGCGUGGUCGAUGCCCGAGCUCCAGAAGCAAGUUGACGCCGUUCGAGAGGCCUUCUCGGCCGAUGUUCGCAAGCCGUUCGUGCUGAAGCCGUCAUUUCCGUACGGCAGCCCGCACUCGUCGAGCCACUCAAGCCCGCCACGGGCGCCACAGGGUUAUCGGCCCAUGGAUCGGACAGAUCCGCUGGACCAGCAUUUGGACCCCCAACACCCAACAGUCAGUUUCACAAGCCAUCCCAUCACACCUCCAAUAUCCGUCGGUCCAGGGGGCAGCAAGAGUGACUCGCCAGCUGUACAGUCGCUCGUGAUGAUGCCGCAGGACAGCCAGGGGCCGGACAUGCACCACGGCCUGUCCGUUUCGACCAGCCAAUCGUCGUGGAACCCGCAGCGUAUCUUUGAGUAUGUAUACCAGCAAGCCAGCGUGCUACCGCCGUAGAUGCACUGACAGGCCGCUUUAGACAAUGGAACACGUCGUUUGAAACACCCGCCCAGACUGGCCCAGUGUCCCCGACGCCGGGCCACGGCAUCAACGUGGCGGCCUCGUCCUCGGGCGCGUCGGACGUAUCCGCGAUGCACGAUUACCAAGGCGCCAGCUCGUCGUUACCGCAGCAGAUGACUUCUCAGCCGUACUCUGCGUCAACCCCGAUGGCCAACUUCAUCACACCAGCCAUGUGGCAGGAAUCUGUCGCGAGCGUGUAUGAAGGUGGCCUCAAGCGGGCGUGGGACUACGACCCUAUGCAACCGAUGAAGCGCCGCUGAGCCGGUCACGAUAAGCGGCGACGCACGAUCCUUAGGCUGCUUUUCUCUCUCUCUUUUUCUUAUUUGACAGCUAGACGCCUACUAUCAAGCCUACUCACAAUUGCUGGGAGGUUCGAAUGGCACGAACCGACCGACUCACAGCGAGUGUCGGAUCACUUAAAGCAUACAGUAUCUACCUGUCACUGUACGUGUACGAGUACAUUAUGGGGGUUGGGGCAACCCGUGUUCUUCCGCGAAGAACAGACGCGACGGCCGCCAGGACACAGCACCUGGACAACGCGGGGCGGGGCGGAAUGUUCAUGAAGCUACGAGGUUGUGGAGGCGUUGGAUAUCGGAUUGCAAUGAUUUGUAUUGGCCUCUGCGGCGGUGCCGUUAGAGUGGGAAAAUGUACAGUAGCGCAAGGCGUCGACUGGCGUUGACCGGCCCCUUGCAGCAAGGGGCGGGCAGUGAGUUUGGUUACAGCGGCCUGACGGAUAUACCACGGGACGGCAGGAGUCUUGACACAGUACAUAGUACGAAUUGCUACCUUAGUACCUACUACCAUAGGAGUAGGUCAGGCAGCAAGUUGGUAAUCGAAGGGCGUUCUCGAUUGGUGGUGCAGCGGACGGACUGGCGAUGCCCUUGUGUGCCGCAGCGUGCCGCUCCUCUUGCCUUGUAUUCGUACAUAGAGUACGAGAUAUACAAGACAAAAUAUUACGGG